AUGUCUGACGACUGGAACCCCUCUGAAGACCCCAAGCCCCAGAUUGAAGCCGACUGUGCUGAGGGUCACCAUUGCCACAGCCUAAAGGCAAAACUCGACGCGUGUACUGCACGAGUGGAAGGCGGGGAUGCUGGAGAAGAGACCUGCGUUGAAGAGUUCUUUGACUUGAUGGAGUGCGUCAACCACUGCGCUGCGGACAAACUCUUUGCAAAGAUGAAGUAGAGGAACAGUUGGCGAAGGGGAAUGUUGCGGGUA